AUGGAUAAUGACCGUUCGACGGAAGCAUCGAUGCUGUACCAGGGAGUAGGAAUGCUACUGCUUUGCGUCAUCUUUUUUGUUGUAUGGCUCAUGGCAUGUCGACGGAAUCGACAUCUUCUAGAUAUGGAGAUCCCGUUACUAUCAGGCGAAUCCGUUGAUCAUCGAAUUGAUGCCGCGACAAGAGAAGCUGAGGCUGGUUAUAGUGUCUGUGCCAGUUGUGAAUUUGAAAACUUUCGACGUUUUGAACACUGUGUACUAUGUGGUGAUAAAUUGCCAUCGCUCUCGAUGGUGACAGCCGAUGAUGAAAGUGAUGAAGAUGGUGAGCAGCAGGACCAUUCUCAGUCUGGUGAAACCAUUUCAAGCCGAGAACGCUCUGUCUACAUGGUAAAGUCUCGUCAAUCAACACAUCUCUUGUCUCCACGACCUCGAAAAUUAUCGUCUUUAAGUCGACAGCAACGACGCGCGAGGAAUCGUCGUGAGUGGAGUAGGAAACUUGACGUUGAGGGUAAUUUCUUUUGGUAUCGCAGUGGGGGAGGUAAUAUGCCUGUAAGUAGUGAAAUCGACUCGUUGAUGCCUGGGUAUACCGUGCGACUUAUCAUUUCAGAAGAAUUGAAGCUAGAAGACGAGAAGAUAUCAAACGAAGAGCAUGAAGAGAAUGAAGUUCAUGACGUGAUGACUUCAGAGACGGAGCCUGUACUUGCUGUGGAACAUCCAUCGAAUAGUAAAGAAGACGCUUCAUAUGUAACAGUACUACCAACAGACGUAAAGGUUGAGAUGGUAGAAGCGUCAGCUUCCGACCCGACGGAGUUUCCGACGGGCAAAUCAAUGUUGUCUGAUGCUGGUCCAGAGCGACGCAAAGAGGCCAUUUCUUUGGCUUCGAGUGACUUUCCAACUAAAUAUGCUCACUUUGUCGUCACUACGGCAUCGCUGAUAGUACCCGCAGAAGUGGAGUUUCUCAAGCUGUCAGUUCACCGUAAUUACAUGCUUGAAGAGUCCAUGGAUCACAUGCAAUGUAUUCAACCUAAGAAUCUACGUUCAUUUAUGCGUAUCAAUUUUCUAGAUGAAAGUGGUGUGGAUGCUGGAGGUGUGCACCGUGAAUGGUUUAUGCUAGUGAAUGAACUGCUUGCAUCCCCAACGUUGCGGCUCUUUACGUGCGCCAAUAAGGCGGAUCAGAGUUACUUUUUGAAUCCACAAUCUCGUGUAGAAGUUGGUGAUGAUCAUCUUACUUAUUACUUUGCCACAGGGCGUUUAAUUGGCCGCGCACUGUUAGAAGGUGGAAUCUGGGGCUUUCAUCUUGCCUUGCCAUUGCUAAAGGUGAUCUUAGGUGUACCAGUGACUUUCGCUGACAUGGAAUUUCUUGACCCAGAGACGUAUCGUAGUUUGCGCUGGCUAAUGGAUAAUGACAAUGUGGACGAUCUAGAACUUGACUUUAGUCUUACUGAACAGGUGAAUGAGUCUGAAAAGGUUGUGGUGGAUUUGAUCCCGCAUGGAAGAAACAUUGCCGUUACUGACGCUAACAAGAGCGAGUAUUUGGAUCGUCGCUUCCGAUAUGUCCUCUUUGAAAGUGUUGCAGAUCAAAUGUACGCUUUUUUAAAAGGUCUAUAUGAAGUUAUUCCUCGCGAGAUGCUCUUGACAUUUGACCCUGAAGAGUUCGAUUAUUUGCUUUGUGGGUCUCCUGAAAUUGAUGUUGCGGAUUGGAAGGGACAUACUGUGAUGUCACCGAAUCUAGAGGAAGCUGACGUAACUCGAUGGUUCUGGGAGAUUGUUCGUCAAAUGCCAAAUGAAUAUCGCCGUCGUCUUCUGCUCUUCGCAACUGGAUCUGCUUGUGUCCCUCUGUCGGGUUUUCGUGGCCUCACAAGUUACGAUGGCCGUCUUUGCCCAUUUAACUUAAAGGGAAUACCUUACAAAACGACGCAGUACAUUUCGAGCCACGCGUGUUUCAAUCGUCUGGAUUUGCCUUUAUACAAUAGCAAGAAGGAGUUGAAAACUAUGUUGUAUGCCACGCUGGAUACCGAUCUUACAGGAUUUACAACCGCAUGA